AUGACCAUGGGCGUCUCCACGGUCCUGGCCCUCGCACUGGCGGCCCUUGCAGCUGCACAACGGCACGGCAACACGGUCUCUGUCCCGACGGACCUAGCCACGCGCCCGCUGUAUCGCGAUGUGUACGGCUACUCGAUUGAGCCCGUCUGGGUGAACGACUUUCUCGGCAACAACAUGACGUCGACGCUGCUCCGGUCCAUCACCCAGGUGGUCGGCACGCCUCCGCCGAUCCGCAUCGGUGGCAACACGGCCGACAUGACAUCCUACGUCGACAGGCUCAACACCACCGCGGUGGCCAUACCGGGACCCAACGGGGCCAGGCGCUUCAACAUCAGCCGCGGCUGGAUCGAGGAGUGGGGCCGGUACUUUGAGGACGGCACCAACCUGACCUUGACGCUCAACAUGAACGACGACUCGAGCGAGUGGGCCACGGCCCGCGUCGUGGCAGAGGUCGCGUGGGGCGUGCUCGGCGACAAGCUGACGCGCUUCGAGAUCGGCAACGAGGUCGACCACUACAUCGCCAAGGGGUGGCGCAACGACUCGUGGGGCGUCGAAGCCUACACGCACCAGUUCCGGCGGCUCACGGACCUGAUCCGCAACGACAGGUGGUACCGGGACGCCGGCGACAGGGCGCCCGCCUUCGCCGCGGGCUCCUUUGCCGACCCGCCCUGGGUGCCGGACCAGCACGACCAGCUCGACGACAUGGACAUCGUGAACCUGACGACCAGGGCCGGGCUCAGGAACGAAAGGGAGAGCGGCGGCGUCGACAUCGACAGCUUCGUCGUGCACAUGUACCCGGGCUCGACGUGCGACGCCGGCCGGUGGCGCCGCAUGCGGCUGGACCUCGUGUCGAACCACUCGUCCGUCUGGCAAAACGUGUCGCAGUACGCGCCGCAGGUCGAGGCGGCCGAGCGGGACGGCCGCGCCUCGCUCGUCAUGGGCGAGACCAACUCCAUCUCGUGCGGCGGGCGCAGCGGCAUCAGCGACACGUUUGGCGGCGCCCUCUGGAACGUCGACUACACGCUCUCCCUGGCGGCCAUCGGCGUCGGCCACAGCUACUUCCACCUGGGCGGCCAGAACGAGUACAGCUCGUGGCAGCCCAGGGGCUACGAGUACAAGGGCGAGAACAUCUCGGCCGGCAUCAGGCCGUCGUGGUACGCGCACUACUUUCUCGCCCACGUGGUCCGGCGCAUCGGAGAUGGCGACGGCGACGAUGCGACAGCAGAGGUGCCGUACGGGAUCGCGGCGCUUCCCGGGGCCAACUCGAGCGACUUUAGCGGGUUCGGGGUGUUUGAGGACAAGGAGCUCAGGAAGCUGGUGUUCCUGGACAUGGGCGUCUGGAACGGCACCCGGGGCCUCAGCAACCCGUCGACCAUCUCGGCGGCGGACAACACGGAUACGGCGUUCCACAGCCGGGGCGACAGGCCGAGGAGCGAGAUGAGCGUGUCGACCCCUUGGUGCAAGGACGGCGAGGUCAAGGUCCUGAGGCUCACCGGGCCGGGCACCAACGCCAAGUCCGAGGUCGAGGUGUCGGGGGUCACUUUUGACAAGGACGGCAAGCGGUCCGGUCAGCCGGAUGAGGAGACGGUCAGGGUUGGAGAUGACGGAGAGGUCAAGUUCAACUUGAGCAUGGCAGAGGGCGUGCUGCUAGAGCUUGGGAACGGAUGUGGCGUUUCGGAAGCCGAGUCUGCGGCUGUCCGUGUUGAGACAGGGGACGGGAGACUGGUGACUUUGACUGUUGCUGUAGCAUUUGGUGUUGGGCUGUUGAUGGGUUUAUAA